GCCCAUUGCUCUGAUGAGACAUUAUUUAUUCAAUGAGCAGAGGAGUUACACGCAACAGUUGUCAAGAAAGCGUCAGCUUAUUAGGCAAGACCUGCGUGAUCUCUGAAGAAGGUCUAAGCUAUAAAACCUAGGUUCAAGACUUCUGUUUGUAGACAAUUAUUUCACCAGGACCACACAAUGACAGCAUCUUAAGGAAGACAAAUCAACACAAGGAGGUACGAACAUCACUUACCUUCCAUGCUACAGUGGGAUAUAACCCCAGCAGCAGCCGAAGCAGCAACCGAGCAACUUCCCGGGGAGACCAGACGGACUCUGUCAACAACUCUCCUCACUGCCCUUUUCCUUGUGCUGUUCCCAUCCAUUCUAGGGAUCCCUGUGCAUCAAUUUUAUCUGAUCUUCAAUCUUUGGAGUGUAAUAUGAAGUUCCAGCUGUGGGUGUCUACAGGAAUCCUACUGGUGUCUCUCCUCCCCUGCCAUGAGUGUCGAGCUUUCAGUAAAUCCCCAGCAUCUUCUCCGGGAGCUCCCCUGCCUGCUCUGUCCAAUUCCCAGCCAAUUUUACUUCGCAUGGGGGAAGAGUAUUUCCUACGCUUAGGCAAUCUCCAUAAGUAUUCCCCAAGCUCGUUUGCAGCCAGUCGGCUUCCUGAGGCAUCUGCAGGUAACUUUGUGAGAGCUGUACAGCAACUGCAGGCUCAGCAGUGGAGCAGCCAGCCAGGGAUGAGAGCGGCAGCUUUGGAUGGAGCAGACAGCCCUUACAGUGCUCAGGAAGAUCCCACAGAAAAAGCAAAGCGUGCAGAAGAGCCUCCCAUUUCCCUGGAUCUGACUUUUCACUUGCUCCGUGAAGUCUUAGAAAUGGCAAGAGCUGAGCAAAUAGCCCAGCAAGCCCACAGCAACAGAAAACUCAUGGACAUCAUUGGGAAAUAGCACAUGUCUCCCUGCCAAAGAGUUCUCUGCAUUUAGCACAAAAGGUGAUGUACCAUAAAGCUGCCCUGAAACCAUCUGUUUAUUUUUUUACAGCUUCAAAGUUGCAGAUUGAGCAUCUUAACCCCUUUGCUUCCAGAGGAGCCAGCAUCGACCCAGUGCAUGGUGUUUCUGGACCCUCGGGAAGCAAUAAAGGGUUCCCAGGCUAUAUUUGUUUUUUCAGCAUGCACAGGCUAUAUUCAACUGCAGUGAGGUAACAGAUGUCGCUUGUAAAUAUAUCCUUUUUUUAUUUUACAGUCACAGGUUAUUCUUGUGUUAUAUUUCCUGAGAAACACCUAUUUGGGGAGGGUUGCAUUUUAAAGUCUUAAGGGAAAUCUCUCGAAACCUAAGGGGUUUUCCUCUGGGAGGGGAAAGAAUUGUUGUAAUUUAUUUUGCAUCAAAGUUUAUUGUAUACAUUUCCAUAAUAAAACAUCUAUUCAGCA